UCAAUCCCUCAACUUCGGCAUCUCAUCAUCGAAUCGGAUUUCUGUGAAGAUUCAUUCAUCGUCGUCGUCGACUGGCUCGUGCGCUCGUGCGUCUGUUCUGGUCUGCGCGAACUGACGAUCCGGCAUCGUGACGCACCCCCUGAUCGGUACGUCCGUCAUGGUUUUUUGGUGCAGGUGGGCCAACUGCGAUGCACCCCUCGACGACCAGAGUGCCGCAGGGAUCAAGCGACACCUUCAGCAAGACCAUGCCGCAGACAUGCCUCCAUGUAACAACUCUGGACAGUCGCUGGGCCAUAGUCACACGAUGUGCCGCUGGAGCGACCACCAGAACUCAACGACCUGUGGGAAACAGACCCAGAGCGCUCAUCAAUACGCGCGGCAUGUCGCUGCAGUCCAUCUCCGCUAUUACCAAUGUGCCUGCAAGCGGUGCGGCAACCUCCUCUAUUGGCGGGAUGCCUUGAGACGUCACCAAGUGGGGAACUAUUGCAGACAUUGUGAGGACCCUAAGGCGCGCAGCGAGGGGGUGGACCAUUUGCUUAGGGCAGCUGGCCCAUCUCUUACUUGCGCUCGCAGCGUCGGAACAAGUGUGUUAACGUCCUUUGAGCACAACACAGCGUUGCGAUCCUUCUACGUCGAUAUCAAUGCCGAUGAUGUCCGAGAAUAUCAGUUUCGGGAGGGCUGCCUACGGUGGGUCGCGGAAGACUUAUGCACCACUCUAUCGACUGUGCGGGGUCAAUCGCUAGAGCAAAUCACGCUCAGUGGCUGUGUCGAAGUCGCGGGGGACUGCGACAACGGAUACCACCAAGCUAUAGAGGAGCUUGACUUGGAAGAACUACACAGUGUCAUGACUCGACCCUGCUUCAAUGCGCUACUCAAAGUCAAGGUACAAUGGAAUAUAAAGGUCAUUCCAGACAGCUUGUGUGCCUCGGCGCCGACGGUGGACGGCAUUGCCCAAGAGUUUGCCACUCACUCCCGGAGGUUCUUCAGACCAUGGGAUGAACGUGGUAUAGUAUGUCUCCUACAUUUCUGGGAAUGAGACGAGAACUACUCAAAUAUAUGGGACCGCAAGCGAGACAUCCAAUAUGACCUCGCGUCCUCGUCGUAUGAGAGAACAUGACCUACCAGAAACAUCAGCAGGAGGCAGGAGCCGAACGCGUCGCGCAUGGGCAGAGGCAGUUGCAAAUCGUUGACAUCAGGAGGUGACUCGGGUGACGUGGCUACACAGGCAUCUAUUAUGUAUGAGGCUGGUCGAACAUCGUUUGUUCCGACACGUAUAGUCAGAACGACACAACACGCAGUGUCAACGUGUGACGCGCUCGCACAGUCAAACCUGAAGCCUGAGGACUCGGGAGCCACCGGCCAUGUCACGCCCAGGCUGGCUGAGGGCAUCGUGCCACCGUAAGCAAA